AUGCCUGAACUGGCUAAGUCUGCUCCUGCCCCUAAAAAGCGCUCUAAAAAAGCUGUGACCAAGGCCCAGAAGAAGGACGGCAAGAAGCACAAGCACAGCCGCAAGGAGAGCUACUCUGUGUACAUGUACAAGGUGCUGAAGCAAGUCCAUCCAGACACCGGCAUCUCGUCCAAGGCCAUGGGAAUCAUGAACUCCUUCGUCAAUGACAUUUUUGAGCCCAUUGCUGCUUUCCGCACCACAAAAGGUUCAGAAACUAGGGAGAAUGAAGUAAAGGAUUAUACUUCUCGGGAUCCGUCAAGGGAAUCGAAAAGCUACGUUCAAGCGUCCGUCGCCAAGCAGUAA